GGUGAAGUCCUUAUCCCUGGGAGGUUUCAGUACAACCCAGUGCCUGUAGUUCUUACUGGUUUGUCUGCUUUGUGCUGACUAGGCAUACAUUUCCGGGGUGAGCAGGAGGUCACCUGCAACAAACUGACACGCAGGACAAUCGCACAGGUACAUUUACGCCCAUGUCUGUGGUGACCAUGCUGUGCAGGAGCGCAGGGCUGCUGAAAUGGACCAGACCACUCAUCACCAGGGUGGGCACUCGGGGUGUGGGGAGCACUUCUACAGCUCAGCAAGCAGAUGAGGACAUCUUGAGAAAUGCUCAGAAGCAGAACCUGCAAACCAGAAUUGACCUGGCGACCUCCUACCGAGCCAUGGAGUACUACAACCUGCACAUGGGCGUGUGUAACCACCUGACAGCCCUGUGUCCAGCUGCCAGUGGGGAGGGGACCGUCAUGCUACUGGUGCCACAUGGAACACACUGGAGCCAGGUGACAGCCAGCUGCCUCCUUGGCCUGAAUGAGAAGGGAGAGGUUGUGGAAGGCAAAGGCAGAGCAGAGACAAGUGCUGCUGAGAUUCACAUGGCUGUCUACGACGCCAGAGAUGACAUCAAAUCUGUCAUGCACACCCACGCUCCUUAUCUAACGGCUCUGGGAGCACUGAAAGAUUGCACACUUCGUAUGAUACACCAGGACUCCAUGCGCUUUUACAACAACGUUGCGUACGACACAGAGUAUGAUGGGUUUGCCACCACGGGAGAGGAGGGACCACGCAUCGCCUCCAAACUUGGAGACAAAAUUUCCCUGAUCCUGGGGAACCAUGGUGUGCUGACUGUGGGACCAACAGUGGCCGUGGCAUUCGACCACAUGUAUUACAUGGAGAGGGUGGCCAUGUACCAGAUGCUAGCCAUGCAGACAGGUGGGGAGCUGCAGGAGAUCAAGCCGCAGGUGGCAGCCAGAUGGAGCCUGAUGCAGGAGGGACAGCCGUUCAUCCUGCCCUAUGCUGAGACACACCUCCAGGGCUUUAAAAACAUGUAUGCCAAAAAAAGUCCUGAGGUUCUGCUGUAGAGAUCAUGACAUAACACUGUAUGUAGCUGUCAGCUGAGCUUUAAUGGUCCUAUUGUACUAUCAUAGCUAGUCUUAAAGCCCCUCUGGAACAUGCAUUACUAUUAUUUUGCAUUGGAAAAGGCUUGAAUAUUCUAGGUACAGACACUGAGUUUUGUAUCAGUUGUGCAAUAAUCAAGAGUGGCUA